AUGCAGACUUCUCCUACAAACAUUUGUGACAGACUGUGCAAUACGUCCAUCUGUAAAAUUUCCUUGCUACUAAAUACUCCACGGUCAACUGUUAGUGGUAUUAUAACAAAGUGGAAGCAACUAGAAACCACAGCAACUCAGCCACAAAGUGGUAGGCCACGUAAAAUGACAGAGCGGGGUCAGCACAUGUGGAAGUGCACAGUGCGCAGAAGUUGCCUACUGUCUGCAGAGUCAAUAGCUAAACACCUUCAAACUUUGUGUGGCCUUCAGAUUAGCACAACAGCAGUGCGGAGAGAGCUUCAUGGAAUGGGUUUCCAUGGCCGAGCAGCUGCAUCCAAG